AGGAUGCAGAAGGCGAGAGGAGAGAUUCCACUACACUUGAAGAAGGAGCUUGCCGCACGUGCCGACACAUGCACAGGGGCAAAUGAAUUCAGUGGGAGCCACUCCUGAAGGGGCAGUGAUAUUUCAAAGGUGGACUUGAAAGAGCUGUGCAUCUGUUUGCCCCUCUCUACUCGUUUUGUGAAUCACUGGACUGUGGCAAUCAAAGAGUGGAGCAGCGGAGUCAGUUGAGUUCUCUCCUCCAGCUGAGUUUGCCAAUGGGAUCAACAUCAUGGAUGGAUUUAUGGCAUCUUGAUGAGAUAUUUACAUGAUUAUUAACUGGUUGCGCAGCAGAUGUGUCCUGUCAUGUCCUGGCCGCUCUGCCUGUGCCUCUGGGUCAGUGUGACGGCCAUUCAGCUGUGUCAGGCCACAUUCUACGACACCAUACAGCAGCACCAUGGGACGAGGCCUGGGCGAACCACCAUCCACAUGAUUGAGGGAGGCACAUGUGAGGUAGUUGCUGCUCACAGAUGCUGUAAUAAGAAUCGUAUAGAGGAGCGUUCACAAACAGUCAAGUGUUCUUGCCUGCCGGGGAAGGUGGCUGGGACUACAAGAAACAGACCUUCAUGUGUUGAUGCGUCAAUAGUAAUUGGGAAGUGGUGGUGUGAGAUGGAGCCUUGCCUGGAGGGAGAAGAAUGCAAGACGCUCCCUGACAACUCAGGCUGGAUGUGCUAUGCAGGCAACAAGAUCAAAACCACGAGGAACACUCAGCCAUACACAACAUCUACAUACUGAAGAUUUGCAGAAAGGAUGCAGCUGAAGGUGCACAGGUUGAAUUGCAGCACUGCGUCAGGACCAAGCAGCAAACAUUCAACAAACUUACUGUUGCUUUAAGACAUGAACACUGCUCAGAUUCAAGUGUAAAAAGUUGUAGAAUACAUAAUGCACAUCCAGCCCAAGGCUGCUGACGAUACCGAUGCUCCAGGCUGGCUGCGGGAUCAUCAUCAUAACCUCCUUACAAAUAUAAUUCCGUCACUUUUUCCAACUUUGAGAUGGAACGUAUCGCUGUGUGUGGAGUCAAAUCAGGAGACUGCCUCACAUCCUUCCUCAGACGUCUGUCAACAGGCGUUUACUACCAAGCCCAGGGCCACAGAGGAGCAAGUCAAUUAGUCGACAGCCCUCAGGGUUUUAUUUUCUUUUUUAUAUUGUGUGAAGACAAAUUUGUACAUAAACCGUUUUGUCUGU